GCGGGCGGCGGGGCGCCGGGCAGCCUGUCCGCCUUUGCCUUCUCCCCCGUCGUGGUUUCAGCUCGGGAGGGAGCCGGAGUCGCUGUUGGAUCGCCCAGGGGAGAUGGGGUUUCUCGUUCCACUCUUCAGUCUUCACUGCCUUAAAAUACGCGGGGGCAUAGACGGUCCCAAGCGGUGUUCGCUUCGCUCGGGCGAUUCGGGGUUUUGUCUGUCAGAGCGGGAAGACGGGGGAGGCCUAGUGUGCGGCGGGGAAGCGCCGGGGCCUCUGGAGCGGUUUCUCUUUCGCUCAGGCGCAGGCACCGUCUGUCUCCUGUCACUAACGGGCAGGAGGGCUUGUGCCGAGCUGGCAGGGGAGGAGGUGGUGUUGAAACAACCUCCUCAGUGCUGGGGGACAGGGUGGUGGGUGUCCUCAUGCGUGCCGGCAGCUGGGGAAGGUUGUGCCUUGGCGGGAGAAAGCUGUGUGCCGGUGUCCCCGGCUUUCUGCCAGCCCUGCUUUGAUGGGCCCUCGUUUCAGGCGAAACCUGCGCUACUGAGGUUGAGUUAAAGGCGGUAUUGGCAAGGGCAAAUUAAAUACACAUUUCAAGAACGGAUUGAAGUAUAAGGAGUAAGGUUGUCUAAAUAAGGCAAAAUCUGUUGCUUAAUAUGAAGAAAAGCAGAGGUCGGACAGGUCGAAAGAGAAGAAGAAAGCACUUGCAGAGUUUUAUGGAUGGAGUCAGCUGCAGUCACAAGCUGGAAUACAUUAAACUUAAGAAGUGGCUGAAAGACAGAGGAUUUGAAGACAGUAAUUUAAGGCCAGCAGAGUUCUGGGGUACAGGAAGAGGACUGAUGACAACAAAAGCUCUUCAGGCAGGGGAUCUGAUUAUUUCAUUGCCGGAGAAAUGCUUACUCACCACGGGCACUGUCCUUAGUAGCUGCUUGGGAGAAUACAUUAUGAAAUGGAAGCCUCCUGUAUCUCCUUUGAUAGCACUAUGCACAUUUUUAAUAGCAGAGAAGCAUGCUGGUGAGAAAUCUCUGUGGAAGCCAUAUCUUGAUGUUUUACCCAAGACAUACACUUGCCCUGUUUGCUUGGAGCGCGAUGUAGUAAGCCUUCUUCCUGAACCUUUAAGAAAGAAGGCUCAGGAGCAGAGAACGACAGUCCAGGAGUUGUACAUGUCUUCCAAGGCUUUUUUCUCUUCCCUGCAGCCUUUGUUUGCUGAAAACACAGGAACUAUUUUUAACUACAGUGCUCUAGAGUGGGCUUGGUGCACUAUUAAUACAAGGACAAUAUACAUGAAACAUUCACAGAGGGAAUGUUUUUCUCUUGAGCCAGAUGUUUAUGCAUUGGCGCCAUAUUUAGAUUUGCUAAACCACAGUCCAAAUGUUCAGGUAAAGGCUGCAUUUAAUGAGCAGACAAGAAGCUAUGAAGUUUGGACAAAUUCACAGUGCAAAAAAAAUGAAGAAGUAUUUAUCUGCUAUGGGCCUCAUGAUAAUCAGCGACUGGUACUAGAAUAUGGAUUUGUUGUCAUGGAUAACCCUCACAGCACUGUUUAUGUCUCAUCAGAUAUUCUCCUCAAAUAUUUUCCACCACUGGACAAGCAGAGAAAUACAAAACUUUCUAUUCUAAAGGAUCAUGAUUUCUUAGAAAACCUGACCUUUGGAUGGGAUGGACCAUCUUGGAGACUCCUCACAGCCCUCAAGUUGUUAAGUCUCGGAGCAGAUGAAUUUACUUGCUGGAGGAGAACGCUGCUUGGUGAUGUAAUUUCAGCCAGAAACGAACAGCAGACUCUGAAUAUAACAGCAAAAAUAUGCCAUUUUUUAAUACAGGAGACACAGAAUGUCCUUCUCCAGAUCUCCCAGUUGAAAAGGAACAAAGAGAACCUCAAAAAACACCUGGCUUUGGUAGAAGCACUACGCUUGGAAGAUCUGAAGAUAUUACAAAAAUCAGCUGAGAUUCUUUGCAACUUGAAUAUGGCAAAAACUUGACCCAUCUGGAGCUGUAAUAGCUGUGGCUGAUUGGAGCUCAUUUGCCAUGGAUGUGCCUUGCUCGACUGUUUUAAUGGACCUGAGCAGCAAAGAAUAAUGUAAAAAGUCAUCAGAAUAUGCCUAGUUUUGCCUGUCACACAGGACCCAGAGUCUUAUUUUGUUCUUUGCUGAUCUUCAGUAAUAUGAAAGGUUAGCCCAAAUGGUUGGGGGAGCACAGGUGGCUUUCAUCACAUCUCAUUUGAAGUCAUGACUGCUGUGAGCAAAACAGCUUCUGGGGUAAUUUGAGCAGCCCCAGGAUUGUGGGCUCCAGCAGUCCUAGACUUUACAGCUGCCUGUGUGGCUAAAGCAGGGAUCAUAGGGUCAAGCAGGUACUCCUCAGCAUGUAUUUGAGCUCUGGCCCUUGACAGAGAGGAAGAAGACAGAGUCACUUAUACUUACUCUGUCCUGAUCCUUUACUUUUUCCCUGAGAUAUGUACAUAGUCCCCAAGACUUGGUGGUUCACGUAUUGCCUGUUCAUUGCUGGAGUAAUAGAUGCAGACUAGAGCACUGAUCAGCUCUAUUGACCAGCUCCAAAUCAUUCUCUUCGCAGUUUCAGCCCAAGUGUUUCUUGAAUGUAUGGAAGUGUGAGUUUCCCUCCUUUGCUCUCAAAGCUCCCUCCAGACUUGCUAGUUGGUGUUCUGACUCCUGCUGGGAAUGAGAACUGAAAGGAUGUAUCACUUUGAACUCUGUUUCUUGUUUGGAAGACCACCCAGGCAAUUGAUUCUGUUUCCAUUCAGUUCUGGUGAUCACACUGAGAAAUGUUCGUAUCCUGUCUACAAGGGGAUAGUCCCAGGAGCUGCCUUUCAGUAUUAGUUCUACUUAAGUAGGGAGCUUGAGCUCCCUAUGUUGUUUAGAGAAGAGAGAGACUUAUUCAAAGGGCAUUUCAGGGCAGGACCCUUAUUUAAGCUAUAUAAACUUGAUUUAUAUUUGUGAUUGUGUUGUGAUUGUUUUCCAUUUUGUGGGGAAUCACAUUUGAUAGAAUUUUUCAUUACUAUUUUUAGCAUUUUUUAGGAACUGUGUUUUUAACAAGUGUUUAUUUUUGUAAAUAUAUUGCUUCAUUUUCUACAAGACUUCUCUAUUUUUGAAAUAAAUUGUAGAAAGCAGUAAAGGCAUUCUAGCUAAUGAUAUAAUUUAAGGAAAAAAAUACAACAAGUGAAAAGUGUUAAGUAUUGAAGCUCAAAUGCACUUUCAGACUUUCUUUGGUACCCUGUGAACAAGAAUGUUAUUGUGUAAACUUGCUUAGAUUUGAGGAUUCCAGGGUGUUUCCCUCCUUUUUUUUCUGCCUCAGUCUAUUUGGGACAGGAAAUAUCUUGAUACCUGAAGCUCCGAGAAGGGCCCUUCCUUACCUAGAAGGGUAUGUUGGUUUAGGUUCAAAAGGCUGGGGGAACUGAGAAGUGUAACUGUUUGCUGUUACUCAGUUUCCAAACCCAAAAGUUCUUGGUUUUGAGGUACCCUCUUCAUAACCUGUUCCUAGGAUUACGAAAUUCUGAAAAUAAGGUUUUUUUCUGCCUUGUUUACCCUAAUGCACUGAGAUGCUUUUGUAUUCUCAGGCUUUCUGUAUUGUUCAUAUGGAGAUGCUGACAGCAUGUGGUUACUUUACAUUGCAGAGCAGAGGGCAGGGUGAAUGGAUUGGGAGAGGAACUGAAGUGCUUUCUGGAGCUAGAAGCACAUUUAUUACGUCCUUUGGACCAAGUUACUUUCAUAUUUGCCUAACUGUGGGUUUUAACCCCUGCAACUCACUUGGCACCGUAUUUUGUACUCUAGUCAGUCCCAUUCUGAAGUAACUCCUGGGAUGAGAUGACCAUCUGGAUUUGGGAAUGCAAUCUCUACUAAUCUCACCAAGGGUAUUUCUCAUCAGCUCGCGUGAGGGUCCUUCUGUACCACUGAACCUGGCUACAGCAGAGAGAUAAGUGGGGCUGAGACCCUGACCCUGUGACUGUUGCCCAUUCAUUUUGAUUAGGCCUGCACAAAGGUCUACAGAAGUCAUGGAUUACAUGAGGAGGGUGGAUCGUGACUGAGCAUUCACAGUGCAAGAAGUAAGGGCUUUCAAAGGAAGCUUGAAGAAGUCAGGUUCAAAACUAACAGAAUGUGGUAACAAAUCCAUUGAUAUUACUAAGGAAUAUGGAUACAGAAGUUGACAUGGGUGCAGAGCCCAUACCUGUGGAAGACACAGCUGUUGGCAGGUACCAGCCAGACAAACAACUUUGGUCUUAGGUAGUUCCCUGAUCUCAAAAUACUUGAAGGUUGGGAGGGUAUUGAUGGCAAGUAUUGUAUAUGCUUGACCUGUGCUUGCUCUUUUAAGGUGUUGGUGGAUAACUGUAGGAAACAGGGUACUGGGCUAGAGGGAUCCUUGCUUUGAAUAUGUUCUGCAAUUUUGAUGAUUACAGUUGAACUGUUUGACCUCUUACUUUCUUUUAAUAAAAACUUUUUCAUUCUCUAA